GUUAUAAAAUCCCAGUGCUUGAAAAUCUCGGGGCUACUCUGGACCAGUUUGACACCAUUGACUUCUCUGAUAAUGAAGUCAGGAAACUGGACGGCUUCCCUCUGCUCAAAAGACUGAAAACACUGCUAAUGAACAACAACAAGAUUUGUCGCAUAGGUGAGAAUCUGGAGCAUUCUCUGCCAUGUUUGACAGAACUGAUUCUCACAAGCAACAACAUUCAGGAGCUGGGUGACUUGGACCCCCUGGCCACAGUGAAGACACUGACCCUUCUCAGCUUGUUAAGGAAUCCAGUGACAAACAAGAAGCAUUACAGGCUCUACGUCAUCAACAAAAUCCCACAGAUCCGCGUGCUUGAUUUCCAGAAGGUGAAACUCAAGGAGCGGCAGGAGGCGGAGAAAAUGUUCAAGGGCAAACGAGGUGCUCAACUUGCAAAGGAUAUUGCCAGGCGAACAAAAACAUUCACUCCCGGGGUGGCAGCACAGCUGGAGAAGAAGAGGACGGGGCCUACUCAAGCUGAUGUGGAAGCCAUCAAGAACGCCAUCGCUAAUGCUUCAUCGUUGGCAGAGGUGGAGCGGUUGAAGGGGAUGCUGCAGGCCGGUCAGAUCCCAGGCCGAGAUCUCAGACAAGGUCCAGCUGGGAUGGUGGAGGAGGAGGAGGAGGAAGAAGA